UUUCAACGUGUCCAAUAUCACAUCACACGGUUUGUUUGUUCCAACAGAAACCAAAUUCUUACAACAUAUCGCUCUACACCCAUAUUUCCCCUUUCCUUUCUCUACCGAGAAAAUCCACUCAUUUUCCCGAGAAAAUCCACCAACACAAGAAAAUAGAUCGAUGAGCUUCGUACCGUGAUCAACUAACAACUCCAGGACGAUGAUGAGGUCGAUCCCUCAUGGAAUCAAACCAAAUUCUCUCAUUGCAGACGAUUACGACUGAUCCAGAUGAUGUGAAAGUGAUUGAGUGGGAGGACUUUGAACACGAUCUUGCUAGGUUGUCGAGUCUCGCUUCUGCACUCAACGAAGCUAAGGAGAAGAAGCGAAACCUUCAGCACAAGCUUGAGUCACUCAUCCAGCGGGCAAUGAUUUUGUGAGCAGGUCAAUGGUGAAUCAUUGGGUCGAUUGAAUGAACUUGAAGAAAUGCGUCAAAAAUUGGAAUCAAAGAAAUUGAUGAUGGAAAAUAUGUCCAUACGUUCUAGGCUGGCAAAGGAGGAUGUUAACAAGCAGGAGGAGCAACUUAGUGGUGCUGUGCAGUCACUUUUGGUGGCAGGUGGUACUCUCUCUGUAACUAGUAGAAACCUUCAGGAAUCAAAUAGACUACUAUCUGAAGAAAAUGGCUAUGUUCGACUGAGAAACUUGCAAAAGAUGCUAAGGAUGAGGCAACAAUACAUGACAUCUCAAAUUUCUAUGCUGUAUCCUGUAAAACUGUUGGUUGGCCCAGCACAAGAGCAAGAGCUUGAAGCUUAUCCUUUAGGUAGUCCAGCAGGGACUCCUCCCGAACUUAAACCAGUUAAUCAAGGAUCCUUGAUGAUUCAAGGUCUGCAUUUAAGUAUGCAAUCUUUUAGAAAGAUGAGUUUUUUCACAGAUAAAAAGGAAAUUCAGAAAUCUGCCACAGCCCUAGGAUAUGUUGCACAUGCUGUUUCACUUAUAGCCUCAUACUUGCAAGUUCCUCUACGUUAUCCUGUACGGUUGGGUGCCUCUCAUUCAUAUAUUAUUGACAAUGCACCCUCGACAGAGCUAACUUCUGAAGCUUCAACAAGCGGAAAAUCUUUCACAAAUGCCAAGCUUGUAGAAUUCCCCCUAUUUUUAGAAGGUCAAGACACAACAAGAGCAGCUUAUGCUGUAUUCUUGCUAAACAAGGAUUUAGAGCAGCUUUUGAAUUUCAUUGCUGCCAAGAGUUUGGGACCACGCCAUGUAUUGGCAAAUUUGAGAGAACUUUUAAGAACUAUCCAGUCUUCAACUUUUAUAGACAACAUUAUCUAGUAUUUUUGUCUGAUUUAACUUCACUGUAAAUUGAUUUUUGUUAAUUCUUACACGGGUGCAAUUUUUUGGGUGCACCGUCCAAUGUAGCAUUGUUAUCUAUAUUGAGUCAAACUUUCUUUAUUGGAUUUGAUAUUCUUUUCGAAAGUAUAGAUUAUAUUGCUUUGGAGAGAACAUGUCAGAUGAAUUUCUUGAGGGGCAGUCAUGUAUAUAAGACAAUUUUUUGAUA